AUGAAUGGUGCGCUGCGGCGGACAAGUGAGGGCUUUCGAGACACCGUACUGGACCUCUAUGCUGCCUCGAAGGUGUUUGCCAUCCACCUCAUCACGUUCGAAGGGCUAUUUGUGGUGCUUUUUUCGGUGGCCACUACGUCGCUCUACUAUUUCCUUGGCGAGAGCAGCACAGGCCCGAGUUUUGGCGCCAACAUCUCGUGGACCAUCGUGUCUUUCGCUGUGGUGUCGCCCAUGAUCAUGCAGAUCAGACAAGCCUUCACACGACGAGAGCAAGCGCUAGACAUCAUCUCCGAGUCGAGAUCUUUGCUGAAGCUACCACAAGAUCACGUCCAGAAGACCAAGAACUUGUUGGAGGCGCUGCUGCGCGACACAAUGUCGCUGCUGAUCAUGCCCACGUUGACACGUGGCCGACACCGAUUCACAUCACAUGGUCGAAAACUCGCCUCACAAUUUGUUAACCCAGUGAAGCAGUUGCAGCUUCAGAUCGUGAACACAAUCCGUCAACUACAUGACCAAGUGGAAAUCAUGAAAGCGUGCGGUAUGCCUGCAAACGAAGCUUCUCGGAUUAACCAGUAUCACUGGCUACUCCAAGCUCGCAUCGAGAAACUACAGAACAUCAAGUUCUACCGAACCCCGCAAGCUACUCGCUCCUUUACUCGGCUUUUCAUCCUUGUGCUGCCAUUGUUCUAUGGCCCUUACUACGUCUACAUCGCGCGUGGGAACGAGUACCAGGCGACGAACUUUGCUUUCUGCUUGCUUCUCAGCGUGGCGACGAGCUUGUUGAUGACUGGAAUCUUCAACGUGGAGAGAACAAUGGAGGAUCCUUUCGCUGGUGGUGGCAUGGAUGGCGUCCAUGUUCAUGAGGUGUUUCAGCUAACGCAGCAAAUGCUCGACGAGUGCUUUACCGAGAAACAAAUAGGUGAGUCAAGAUUGACACACUGA